AGACACUCCCCAACUCUCUCUCUCUCUCUCUGUCUCUGUCUCUCUCUCUCUCUACCAUUGUGUUUUUUCUCCCCUGAAAUUCCCAAUUUACUCCCCAUUUUCUCACUCUAACGCUCUCAAACUUUUCGAAUACGAAUUCUCCAAUGCAUGAUCUUGCGAUUACCUCCAAUUUCGAGCGCUAACGCCCGAGUUUUCACCGACUUUUUCGACUCACACUACUCACUGAGUUGGAAAGGACAUGCUUGAAGCAGUGGAGAGUUCCGUCAAUGGCGGAUUUUCGCAGUUGCAGAGCUGUGGAGAGAGUAGUGAAGAAGAGCUUUCGCUUUUGCCCCGUCACACCAAGGUGGUUGUGACCGGUAACAACCGGACCAAGUCGGUGCUCGUUGGUCUCCAAGGUGUGGUCAAGAAGGCUGUUGGACUCGGCGGAUGGCAUUGGCUGGUUCUUACAAAUGGCAUAGAAGUAAAGCUACAAAGGAAUGCUCUUAGCGUGAUUGAAGCUCCUACAGGAAAUGAGGAAGAUGACGGUCUUGAAUUUGAAAAUGUGCAGUGGAAUGUCUCAGAUAUGGCAUCCGAUGACACUCAAAAAUCCCACAGAUCAAGGCAUCGCAUGCAUAAAUCAACCGGGUCAUCUCACAAGACUAUGAGCAGGUCGCUCUCCUGUGACUCACAGUCUAAGGGUUCCAUUUCUACCCCUCGGGGGUCCAUGAAGGUUGACCUCGGAAAACUAGAGAUGGCUGCAUUGUGGAGAUAUUGGCGACACUUCAAUCUUGUGGAUGCCAUCCCCAACCCAUCUAAAGAGCAACUAAUUGAUGUCGUUCAGAGGCAUUUCAUGUCACAGCAAUUGGACGAGUUGCAGGUCAUUGUGGGGUUUGUGCAAGCUGCAAAGAGACUGAAGAGGGUGUGCAAACGACCUUGACAGAAGGUGUUGUAUCUUCGCAUUCGGCUGUUGACACUAACAGAUACUGGUACCUAAAUCUCCCCCUUCCCUCUGCAGUAGUAGUAGUAGAUGUAAAAUAUGUGUCCUUGGCUUGUCUUUUGUGUCUCUUGUUGUGGCUAAUAGGUUGCAUUUACAGAGGUAUUCUCUUCUUGGUAGUUGUGUAGUUAUGUAUAUAUAUGUAAACUGGUGAAAUAGACCUGGUGUAACCCUGUGACUGUCUAAGCUUUGGUUUAAUGUAUUGCUGCAAACUGAGGGAAGAAGUGGGUUUUUUCUUAAAUGUAUAGCAAAACCAUCAGGAAUUUGUGACUGCUGUAUGGUUUAAUAUUUAACUCAUGUUAUCCAAGCAA